AUGUUGAAUGGCGUGGAAGAAGCCUGGUUUCGCAUUCCCGGAUUCGAUAUCAUGGCCCGGAACAUAACUGUUACUGGCUUCUCGCCAAAAUUCCCGGAUGCUCAUUGUACCGCAGAUGGAUCUAUUUGCCAAAUUGUCACUGCAAUGGGCGGAAUCAACGCGGCAAUUACGAUAAAAUCGCUCUGUUUAUCACCAUUGUUCGACUUGAAAUCAACCUACUUCAUUGCCGGAGUGGGAGGGAUCAACCCUGCGCUGCCGGCGAACUUCUCAACCGGACAUGUGUCCCAAGAAAGCUACGAGCCAAACGUCUACCCUGGGGACAUUUAUGGUACGGAGGCUUUUGACGCGCUGCGAAAGGUUGCGGCAGGAUUCGCCAGGACCGCUGCUUUGAACGACAGCGCGGAAGCAGUUGCGUAUCGAGCACUCUAUGAUACACCGAAAAGAAUCUACAAGGCGGAGACUCAGCCUCCAAGUGUGUUCAGUCGCAGAUUGCUAGGCGAGACGUUCGGCAACUAUACUGAAGUGUCUACGAACGGGACUGGGAUCUACUGCAAAACAGCACAGGAAGAUAAUGUGACACGGAAGCUUUGCUGUGUGGUCACAUCGCCGGUCUGCGACAUGGACCGACCAUAUCCUGGCGAGCCAGCAACGACGAACUUGUGGUGGAGCAAUCAAGACGGCUACCCACCUGCGCUGAGAAAUCUCUACCUGGCUGGCAUAAAGAUUAUCGAGGGGAUUGUGGAUGACUGGAAUGAUGCUUUCGCGGAAGGAAUAAUGCGACAAAUUACGUGA